AUGAUCUUCAGCUCCUCCAUCUACCCCAAUCUCCAGUUUCCAAAGUCUUCAACCCGAUAUCCACCCUCCAAACUAUUCCCUCUGAUCUCCAGCCCCCAAACCAUCUACCCCAAUCUCCAGCCCCCAAACAAUUCACCCCAAUCUCCAGCCCCCAAACCAUCUACCCCAAUCUCCAGCCCCCAAACAUUUCACCCCAAUCUCCAGCCCCCAAACCAUCUACCCCAAUCUCCAGCCCCCAAACAAUUCACCCCAAUCUCCAACCCCCAAACCAUCUACCCCAAUCUCCAGCCCCCAAACCAUCUACCCCAAUCUCCAGCCCCCAAACCAUCUACCCCAAUCUCCAGCCCCCAAACAUUUCACCCCAAUCUCCAGCCCCCAAACCAUCUACCCCAAUCUCCAGCCCCCAAACAAUUCACCCCAAUCUCCAACCCCCAAACCAUCUACCCCAAUCUCCAGCCCCCAAACCAUCUACCCCAAUCUCCAGCCCCCAAACCAUCUACCCCAAUCUCCAGCCCCCAAACCAUCUACCCCAAACUCCAGCCCCCAAAAUAUUCACCCCAAACUCCAACCCCAAAACCAUCUACUCCAAUCUCCAGUCCCCAAAUUCUUCAUCCUGAUCUCCACUCCCCCAAAAUUAUUCACCCCAGUCUCCACCUCCCAAACAAACCAUUCUGA